AUCAUCUUUUUAAAAUCAAAGUAGGUUUGCUCCAAUGCAAUGCCCGACAUGUUUCAUAAAUAAGAUGAGAGAAGGAACGAAUGUGUACAUCCCAUGCAUACCAUCAACAUUCGCUCUAGAUCAUUGGAGUGAACAUCUGAAAAUGCAUUUAGAACAUAAUCUGAAGGUGAAAGCCCGUUCAUAAGAGAGAGCUGAGCUUGAAACAUUUCACCGUGACUGUGUGAUCUCCAUUAUUCAGUCCACUGCACCAAAAAUCGAAUAUGGCGCAUUCCGCUCAGCAACCCCCUGGCACGGCUACCGGCGGCGGCGGCGGAGGCCACAGCAACGGCAAUAACUUCACCAGAAGAACUGCCACUAAACGUAAGGCUAAGAAGUGUCAUCCUCUAUACCCUCUCGACCCCCAUAAGCUAGUAGCAACGAUUUCCUCAGUGACUUCUUCUUCCUUUUCCUUUCUCCGCCAGAGCGAUGUCGUCCUCCUCCCUUCCCAAACUCUGCUUCUGGAAUCCAUCCUUUCUUCCACAUCCCUCUCUCUCUCUAGAUUGCUUUCUCUCCUUCCCAAACCCUCCGAUCCUCUUUCGCUGACUCCAAAUCCUCCAUUGCUGCCUCAAACACAAUGCUGGUUCCAUCGUUUUCUUUCUGCCACUUCCAGCGACGAUUCCCUGUGGCUCGACGCUUUCCAUAUGUCCAAGCCUUGUUUCACUCAUCUUCUUAAUCUUCUCUCUCCAUCUUUGGGCUCUGCGAUCCCUAAAAUUUCUCCCAUUUAUGCUUUAGCUGCCUCGCUCUUUCGCCUGGCCCAUGGAGCUAGCUACAAGGCAGUGGCGAGGCGAUUUGGGGUCGAAUCCGCUGUUGCAUGUCGGGCGUUUUACGUUGUCUGUAAAGCGAUCAAUGAGGAUCUGGGGCAUUUGUUUGAGCUUCGUAGUGAUACGGAGAGGAUAGUUGUGGGUUUUGGAUGGAGAUCACUUCCAAAUUGUUGUGGGCUUUUGGGGUUGGCGAGAUUCGGAAUUGAUGGUGAGCUACUGGGUAAAAAUGGUUGUCUGAUGCUUCAAGCAUUGGUGGAUUACGAAGGGAGGUUCUUGGAUGUGUCGGCUGGGUGGCCCAGUACCAUGAAACCCGAAUCCAUUUUGCGUCAGAGCAAGCUGUAUUUGGGGGUUGAGGAAUCCAGAGAAUUGUUGCAGGGACCUUCGUAUAAGCUCAGCGAUGGUUGUUUGAUUCCGCCAUAUAUUUUGGGAGAUUCUUGUUUUCCCCUUUUGCCAUGGCUUUUAACACCUUAUAACAGACUGAAUGAAGAAGAUAGUUUUAGCUCGGUGGAAAGGGCCUUCAAUUCUGCUCAUAAUCAAGCAAUGGGUUCGGUAGGAUCUGCAUUUAGGAGACUGCGAGCUAGGUGGCAGCUUCUAUCAAAGCAAUGGAAAGAAGACUGUAUUGAGUAUUUGCCGUUUGUAAUUGUUACUGGGUGUUUACUGCACAAUUUUCUGAUUAAGUGUCGCGAGUCAGUAGCAGAAGAAUUCGUAGAACAUGUUAACGAAGAGGAUGUUCCUGUUUUUGAAGGAGUGGUAGAUGAAGGUGCACAGAGAAUAAGGGAUGCACUUGCUUUGCACAUGAGUCGGGUAAGCAUUGAAAGAUGAAUGACAGAGCAAUGAUAUCAGCUCAAUGCAGACAUGCAGAUUGAAACACAAAGCCCAAGCUUUUAGUGGAAAUUGUUUGUAGAUAUCUUUCGAAUUUGAUCUCUCUGAAGGAAGAAAGAUUCAGACCUACCCAUUGUUGUCAAGGUCAAACAUUUUAAAUGCCACUUGAAAGCCUGACUCUGGAAUGCUCAAGAGAGUAACAAAGAAGAUGUACCUGAUGUCAAGGAAGAACAGGUUAAAGAGAGGAACAAUAAGGAAGAAGGACGGCUUACUCAGGAAAAGAAAUGAGACCAUCAUUGUUAGUGUCAAAAAGCAUGAAGAACUGAGAAGGAGGACAACUGAGAUCACCAGGAUGCUGCUCUCCAGGGAGA